UGUUCUGCACCAAACGAUUUGGCAGCAAGACGAGACGCGACAAACCGUGACGCCUGUAUGUUGCUGCGUUAUACGCGCCACGACAUUUGUUCUUACGCCAUCGAAUGUGACAUUGGCGAAGCCACCUUAACCUCAAAAAUGGCACAUUCCAAGUUCGAAAAUUUCAACACAAGGCGGUUGCAUUAAAAAUUCACUAAAAAAAUAUAUAGAAUAUCAGCAGUCAGCAGUCAGCAGCGUCAGUGAAAACAACAGCAAGAAGAAGGAGAGCAACGAUAUUGAAAUAUAGCAACAAAGCACAGCUGCUGUAAUGACUGCGGCGCGGCGGCGGCAGCUUCGAUGCCAGCAACAAAAAUGUCCCAAACAAUUUUCAAUUCAAAUCAAACGCGUUUGUUUUAUUUGAAAUUGUCAUUGCUGUUGUUUUUGUUGUUGUUGCAGCCACUACAUGCGGCCAGCAUUGCUGCUUGAUAGCCGCCGCUGCCGCUGUCGCCGCUGUAAGUUGGCUGUCCGAAAAAUAUUAGCACAUCGCCUUUACAGUGCGCGCGGCCUCCUCAACGCCUCCUGGAAUAGAGCUUUGCUGUCGCGACGCGGUUCUCUUCUCUGCACUAAGCAAACAACAGUUGGCUUUGCAGUUAUUAUCAACGGAUCGACAAGCGUUGUGCUAAUGAAACGUUUCGUCUUCGCAGCGAAACUAUGACAGCGUUAUCGAAAUCAAAGUAAGCGUUCGAAUAUCGAAAGGUGAAAACGUCAACCAAAAAAAAAAAGAAAAAACGAAAUUCAGGGUGUGUAAUGGAAAGGUGCGAAUGGUGCUUGGAGCGGCUUGGAGAGCACGCAAAUAUUGAUUGCGGCGGCGAGCACUGUUAACGGGCUCAGUUGUUGGAGAAACCGGCAAAGACGCCGAUAAAUGGCAUUAAAAGCAACCCAUAAGCACAUUUCACAGUUGUGGUGUGCCAAAUGCAGUCUGGAAGACAGAAGACAGGGUAUCUCUAUACACAGCGAAGGUGCGUUCAACUGCGCCAAUGUUGGUGGGGUCACAGUAGCUGCUGCUACUACGCCGCGCUACACGCGUCGCAAUGGAAAACGUCAAAAUGUCAGAGAGUACAUAAUUGGAAGUGAAGAGCAUAGUGUGUGCGUUGCGCCUUUGUGUUGGUGCGCUUGCUGCCGUCCGUUGCUUUUUUAAUGCUGCUGUGGGCGUGUCCGCCAUUAUGGCUCCACCCACGUCGUCUUGGCAACCGAUGAGCCGCAGAUACAAACUGCAUUUCAAGCCCUUCUGCUACAACAACACGAAGCGCUAUGCAUCCGAACGACCAGUUGGAAAAAAUGCUGCUGUGCAACAACAAGUAGCAGCCAAUACGCGUGCGCUCUUUGCCGAUAAGGUGUAUGGCGGUGGCAGCGCUACAUAUUCGGUUGGUGUUGGUGCACGCGUAUUUGCGUCUGCACAACGCUAUAUGUACGCAAGAGAGCCACUUGAGGCGACGGUAUGCACGCGCACUAGUUGUCUCGCUUACGUACACACAAACGCCUAUUGGGUUUAGCAACGCUCAUUUUGUACGCGAGUGUACGUGAAAGGGUGGGCCGCUCAAGCUAGAUAGAGGGAAACACAUCGCGCGCACACACACAUACGCAUGUGCACGAACGCGGCGCAAAACAAAUGCCUGAAACGAGUCUCAAACGAGCGAGCGCACAGAGCCAGUUUUGCCACCACCGAAGCGCAGACCAGUAUGAUAGCACACACUCGCACACCCAUACAUCUAUAAUUAUGUACACAAGAGUGGCCUAUCGGUGUAUAGGUGCGCGCUGUAGUGGUGUUUGGCUGGUGCUGGUGCUGCCGCUCGUAUUGGAUAUGCGGUGGGACUAUGGUGCUCUGUCCAUUCUGCUGCGGCUGCCGCUGCUGUCGUUGUACGUCGUCGCUUAAUAUUUUUGUUAGUAAGCCAAAUAGUAAGCAGGCAUUCCCCUCUGCAAACAGUCACAUUCAAGAGCUCAAGCCAAAGAGUACUCGAGCGCGCACAGCUGCCGAAAAAGUAGAAACGGACAACCGAUAACCGAACUGCAUUGUGAAACGCUAGAGUCAAGUUGGAAGCGCUUGCUUUGGCUUUGCUAUUUUCUAUAACGAUUUUUAGAGUCUUUGUUUGCUAGAUGCAUUGUCUAACUGUAGUGUACGGCUAACGCGGCUGACGGUACGACACGUUCAUCCGCACAAAUUGAAAUUAACCCAAUCAACCCAAGCGAUUGUCGAAGCGUCAUUUCUUGUGUCGUAAUAGCUUAAUAGCUUACAAUAUCGAAAUUCGAAAGAACUUUAUUUUACUUACGAACUGACACAACGCGAAUUCGCUGGAAAAAAUUACGCGCAUAACAAAUAAGUAUAUAUAAAAGAUAUAGUAAUAGAAGAUACGUAAGAAAAAUAUAAUAAAAAUAGAUAAAAACACGAAAAGGUGCUUUAAUGUGGCAAGGCAAACGUUAGUGAACGCGCAUGAAGAGUGUAAAAUUCGAUUGAAGUGAAAAGUCCGAAGAAGGAAAGUGUGUGUGAAAGCAAGUGUUAAACGCAAUUGAUUUUCAAGUCUUGAAUUUAACAAAAACUGACAAUAUUGCGAGCUGAUUUGUUCUAUUAAAGCCUGAACAGCAGCUACAGACCUGGUGCAUGCGCGCUGCCACGACUCACCUUCCAACGAGUGUGAAAUCCCACGUCGAAACGCGCUGACAAGUGAGCACGGAUGAAACAUGCGAUUGCAUCUCUAUACAUACAAAAACAAAAAUAAAAAUCUAAAAAAAUAAUAAAAAUAAUUUCAACGGAAAACUGUGUCUUCAAAGAAACCACACUUGGUAGCGCACGCACAACAAAAAAAAAAUAAUAACGAAAAGCGCAGCUCUUCAGUGAAAAAGUGUGCGCGUCUUUAAUUUCCGUCGGAAAUUUGUUUUGAAUUGUAUUUUUUAUACGUGCGACCAGUGAACAGCCGCCAACAUAACGGCGCAACUAUUGAACAGUUUCCUGAAGGGAUCGCCCCACCAGACGACGAUCGACAUCAUGCAAAAGCUCUACUCGGAGGCGCCAAGCAACGGGCCUCCGGUGAGCAUGAGCAGCAGCGUCGGUGCUGGUAGUGGUGGUGGUUCCAGUAGUGCCGGUGCCGGCGCUAACGGUGGCGGCGGUGGCAGUGGAGGCGGCGGUGGUAAUCCUACAAAUCCGCAUCCGAAUCACCCGACCAGCAACGGUGGCACAAUGAGCCCGCUUGCACGUAGCGCAUACACCGCCAUGAAUUCGAUGGCCAUGCCCGUCGGUGGCAUGUCUUCAGUAUCGCCACAGACUGCCGCCUUUGGUGCGCUGGAAUCCGCCGCAGCGGUGGCAAGCAUGAGCGGUAGCAUGGGUGCCGCAGCGGCUAUGAAUUCCAUGGCUGGUAAUUGCAUGACACCGAGUUCGAUGAGUUACGCCUCGAUGGGUUCGCCGUUGGGUAAUAUGGGCAAUUGUAUGGGUGGUGGUAUGUCGACAAUGGCCGCUAUGGGUGGCUACUCGUCGAUGGCAGCAGCAGCCAGUGCACGUGAGUUGGAUACAGGUUCACCGAACUCGCUAAAUCGCGCACGCAUAGAUAAGCCCACAACAUACCGUCGGAGUUACACACACGCCAAACCGCCAUACUCAUACAUCUCGCUAAUCACAAUGGCGAUACAGAAUAAUCCGACACGAAUGCUUACGCUGUCGGAAAUCUAUCAAUUCAUAAUGGACUUGUUUCCAUUCUAUCGUCAGAAUCAGCAGCGUUGGCAAAAUUCUAUACGCCAUUCGUUGUCCUUCAACGAUUGCUUCGUGAAGAUACCGCGCACACCGGACAAGCCAGGCAAAGGUUCCUUCUGGACAUUGCACCCCGAUUCGGGCAAUAUGUUUGAGAAUGGCUGCUAUUUGCGACGCCAAAAACGUUUCAAGGACGAGAAGAAGGAGGCACUACGUCAGCUACAUAAGAGCCCGUCACACAGCAGCCUCGAAGCAACAAGUCCCGGCAAGAAGGAUCACGAAGAUUCGCAUCACUUACACCACCAUCACAGCCGAUUGGACAACCACCAGCAGCAUCAUCACAGUAAAGACGUGACAGGCGCCACAGUGGGUGGCGCAGGAAGUGUGCUCAGCAGCGCUGUCAGUCGUGAUCAACUGGCUAUGAUGCAAGCCAAUGCGGAGCUGUGUUUGGGCCAACAGGCGGCGCAACAUGCACCCAGCCAUCACCAUCAGCAACAUCACCAGCUGCAACAUGAAGAGCUCUCCGCCAUGGUAAAUAGAUGCCAUCCAUCAUUGAUCAGCGAUUAUCACCCCUCCAUGCAUCAUCUGAAGCAGGAACCAUCCGGUUACACACCAUCCAGCCAUCCGUUCUCGAUCAAUCGACUAUUACCCGAGUCCAAGGCGGACAUCAAAAUGUACGAUAUGAGUCAGUAUCCCGGCUAUAAUGCGCUCAGUCCAUUGACGAAUACACAUGCGGCCUUAGGACAGGAUUCGUACUACCAGAGUCUCGGCUAUCAUGCGCCAGCCGGCACGACUAGCUUGUGACAUCACCAGUACCCAUUGGCUUAAGGGCGAGCUGACCAGAUGCUGCGCAACGUGAACGUGAACGCCGCCACUGGUAGCAGCAGCAUCUUUGGUAGUGCCGCCGCGGCUGCAGCAGCGGCUGCUGGUCUCAAUACGCUGCACAAUCCGAAUAUUGGCGGCAAUAUUGGCAGCAGCAGCGGCGGCAGCGGCACCAGCAACAGCAAUGGGAAUACACAUGAUAUACACCUGGAGCAACAUCAUCACCAUCAUCAUCAUGGCGCCACGCACCAUCAUCCGCACCAUCAGCAAUUGACGCAUCCGCAUGCGGCGCAUCAAUUGAUGCAACAACAACAACGUAAAGCCUAUCUUAAGUCCAUGCAACAACACUACCAACAACAGCAGCAACACAGCGCCAGCAGUACUUCCAGUGCGCACAAACUCAGCGCGCACCAACAGCAAUUGCUGCAAAGUCAGCUGACGCCGCCAGAGCUGCAGGAUGACGCAUCGAACAUCACAACCGAUCUGAACGAAGAGCAACAACUGCAACUACAACAGGCGGCGCAGCAACAGCACCAGCAAUUGUAUAACAAUUAUCAACAGUACGCGGCGGCCGCCUCCUAUCGCAACUGGAACCACGGCUUGGCGCUAAAUGGCGCGGCAGCAUUGCAGAAUCUGCUGUAGUGUUGCCAACACUGAACAUGCGUGCGCUGACAAAGCACUGCUUUGUUGCCUGGCGCAUCGUCUACCCAACUGCCUUGCAAGCGGUUGCUGUUGCAAUUAGCGUACAGUUGGCGACCUGCGCGCGUACGCCAGUUAUUAGUGCGCGCGGUUAGCUGGCGCGGCUGCUUCUUGGUGCAUGGUUUUCCGCUGGUAGCGCGGUUGUGCUGUGGACGCCGUUGUUCUGUGCUAUUUUUGGCGCGCUUUUGUGCGCAUGCGGCGUGGGACCAGCGCGGCUGUGCGCGCGCGGUGAGAUUGUUGUUCGCAUAUACACAUUUAUGGUUCAAUGCACAUAACUCUUGAAAGUAAGAUGUUGUAAAUAUGUAUUUAGUCUAGGUAUACUCUUUAUUAUUUUUAACUUUUCUAUGAUUUUGUUCCACACACAACUGUCCCCUUACAGGCCUUAAUUAGACUACAGUAUCUCAUUUAGUUUCUCUUCUGGCUAUUGGUGCCAGUUUUGAGCUUGUAGAUAUGUACAUUUUGCUCAUGCUAACUUCUUUAUAUUUGACAUUUGCUGUACUUUUGUUUGUAUGUAUGUAAAGUGCAGCUGGAUUUCUUCGUCAUGUAAGCAGCAAUCAAAAGUGAUGUAGUUGUAAGCGAAAAUGUUUUCCAAUUUAAGAAAUAAUAAUUUCAAAUUAUGAUUGAUUCAUAAAAAGUCCCCAAAUACCGCCCAAUAUUUGAUAUAUUGCGCGUAGGAAAACAGCAAGUUUUUCAAUUUCGAUUUAGGCGCCUUUGCAUUUACGCUUUAUGCGCGCCUUUUGAGAAAGUUCACAGCUAAACCCUGGCAGGUUUUCCCUUUGACACAACUUCCGUGCCAUGUAUGUAAACACUCUUUUGUCUGUGUAUGUAUAGAUAAUUGAAGGAAUCUGCAGAGCAAGAAAAAAUAUGAAAAGUAAUAAUUAUAGUAUAACAGUAAUAUUUUUUAUACAAAAUAUUAAUUUUUAAGUGCUGUAUAUUUAAUUAUGCAAAUAUAUUUUUUAGUUUUAUAAUCGCAAAUACUAUUAUAUAUUAUCCUUCCAAGGUUUUUAUUUUAUUUUGUAAGUUCACUGUCUCUUAUUAUUAUGUUUUUAGUGUAGCUAUGUUAUGCGCCAAACACUUUAAUAUGUACGCGAUAACACAAUGCAAGUGCAAUUGAUGUAAAUUUGAAGAAAAAAAGAAAUACUUUUAUAUAUAAGUGGAAAAUUCACGUGAUCGCGAGUCGAUUAACGCUAACUAAAUUCGAAUUGAAAUGAUCAAAAACCAAAAAAAGAAUCUUCAGCAAAUUUAUAACUAAAAUUAUGUUAACGGUUUAGUGUUUUUAAGUUUUUAGUACGAUGCGCUUUCUAAUUUUAGAGCAUAAUAAAUAAAAAAAGAAUGUUUCCAAAAAAUUAACUGUCAUAUACACUUACAUUAGGGGUGCCCUCAAUUUUUUGUGGUUAUGUUUUGUUUUUCUAAAUUUACAAAAUGUUUAUUUUUGCAAAAAAUGAGUUGCCAUAUACAUACAUUAGGGGCGUCCUUAAUAUAUUUUGGUUUUGAUUUUAUAAUUUAAGAAAAAUAUUUGUGUUUGUAAAAAAUUAGCAGGCAUAUACACAUAUUAGGGGUGUACAUAAUUCACCUAAUUUUUGUUUUGCUCUUCAAAUUUAGCAGAAUAAUAUUGUUCAACAUUUAUUUCAUUUUUUUUUUUGAAUAAUAGUCACACGUUAGGGGUGUCCUUAAUUCACUGCAUUUUUGUUUCGCUUUUUUAUUUCUAUAGAAUAAUAUUUCUUUAUUUUUUGCAAAAAGUUGGCAGUCAUAUAUAUACGUACAUUAGGGGUGUCCAUAAUUUCCUGCAAUUUUGUUUAGCUCUUCUAAUUUUGCAGUGUAAUACUAUUUUAUUUUUUACAAAAAGUGAGCAGUUAUGUCGUACGUACAUUAGGGGUGUCCAUAACAUAAUGUAUCCUUGUUUUGCUUACAUUAACUUACAAAUGUAAAAUAAAUAUGCAAAAAAAUUAUAUAAAAAUAUGUUUUUUAUUUGCUUUAUGAAAUGUUCAGCAGAAAUAUUAACAAUUUUAUGAAACAUUCUAAAAAAAUAAAAUAAAAUAUUAACAAAAAAAUUUGUGAAAAUGCCGAAAAAUAAAAUUUCAAUCAACUUCAAACAGUUUCAGUUUCAGUCGAGUGUGUCUAUUUGCCAUUGUGAUAUGCACUGUAAUUUAGCUCACACAAUUCUGCAAAAGAAAAAAAUAAAUUUCAACUAGAACAAAAGUAUGAUAAAGAUGCAAUUUUGUUUAGCCACUAUGCGAAUGUACAUAUUACAGUUAAGUUCAGAUAAUUUUAAAAAAUAAAAUAUUUUUUUUUUAUAUUAUAAUUUAAUAAAUAAUAAAAAAAUUUUAUAAUUUCACCAGAAUAAUUUUUUGAAAUGUAUUUACUCACAAAAUAAAUACUAACUUUUUUUGAAUACUGAAAAUUUUCCAUUAUAUUUUUUUUGACAACUUUAACAAAAUAAAUUAAAUUUUAAAUAUGUAAAUAUGAAAAAAAAUAAUUACAAAUUUUUUGCUUAUAUAUUUAAAAAAUAAAAUGAAUUUAUUUUUAUAAUUUCCCCAAAAUUUUUUUUUUAAUUUUUUUGGUAACUUCGACAAAAUAAAUUUUUGUAAAUAUGUAAAUAUAUAAAAAAAUAAUUAAUUUUUUCCACAUUUUUUAAAUAUGUAAAUACUUAAAAAAUAUUUUUUUGUUUUCAAAAAUAAAAUAAAAGGACAUGCCUAAUGUGUAUAUCAUUAUGUACAUGUAUGUAUAUAAAAUAAAUCCACAAAUGCCUACAAUAAUUUAAAUUAGCACAAAAAUGCAAGGCCAAUGAAUUUCCAGCUGACUUCUUAUACCUUUUUAUAUAAAAACUUAAAAACCCGAGCAAAGAAUUGGUAAAAAUACAAAAACUGCAUGUAAAAAGCAACAAAGUUGCAAAAACGCUAUCAAAAUAAAAUUAAAAACUGUAAAUUGCCGGCGCUCUGAGAAAACACACGCACACUAAAUGCGAAUGAAAAACAAUAGCAAAAACAAAAACAACAAAAAACACAGAAAGUGCAUCAACUUAAUAAUAGCAUGUAUAUAUGUAUGUAAAAAAUAUUGCAAAUGAAUUAAACAUUUUUUCACGAAAGCUUAGCUAAAUGCAAUAAAAACUAUGAACGAAUGACGUCGGUUAAUCCGUUAGGUUACCUAAUUAAUUAUAUAUAGUAUACCAUUAAACAGUUAAUAUGUAAGCACAGGCAAACGAAAAUACAUCUUAUGUAAGAAAAAAAAACUAACAAAAACAAAAAAAAAAAAACAA